ACUUCGAACGUCAGUAGUUGUACGAGUAUGUGACCACUGCAGUUCUGUCGCUAGGACAGAGUGGUCAAGUGAACCAGGACUUGCAUAGCAUUUAGCUCACGCUUGAGAGUGGCAUGCUUAUACUCGCUUGUGGGUGAUAAUAUUCAGUAGAAUAAUUUAUUUCAUUUAAGACAUUUUAUCCGUGUUUUAUUAAGUAUCAAAGCGAACACGACAUAAUAAUUAUUAACACUCAUUAGGGACGGGUGUUGCUUCAGUACAACGAUACUUGAGCUAAUGUUCAAAGAACGAUGUUAAUUCUACCACUCAGUAUAUUCAUGACCACAAUAUUCACAAUACUAAUAAUUUUUCGUGUCAAAACAAGACACAUGCUGAAGUACUCUGAGAAGAUUCCUGGUCCCAAAACAUUGCCAAUAUUAGGAAAUGCAUUGGACUUUGGCCUCAGACAUGAAGAUUAUCUGGAUCGCAUAAUCCAACUCGUAAAGAAACACCUUCCGGUCGUGCGAGUCUGGAUUGGACCUUUUCUUAUUAUUGGAGUGACGGAUCCAAAGCACAUAGAGGCCGUAAUGAGCAGUCACAAACACAUACAGAAGGCCUACUUUUACGCUACCCUUAUGCCGUGGCUGGGAACAGGGUUGCUCACAAGUUGGGGAAAGAAGUGGAAAGUUCACCGGAAGAUUCUUACUCCCAGCUUCCAUUUCCAAAUACUGGAGAAGUUCAUAGAUGUUUUCAACAGUAACGGGGACAUUCUGGUGCAGAGGCUCUCUAGUCAUGUCAAUGGUCCCAAAUUCGACAUCACUAACUACAUCGUGACGUGUACCCUGGAUGUGAUAUGCGAGAGCACCAUGGGAGUCAGCGUGAAAGCGCAGAGCAACGGCACAACGCAGUACGUCAAUGCGGUCAGCAGGAUGGGUGAAAUUGUCAUGCUACGGUCGUUGAAGCCAUGGCUUUAUCCUGACACACUGUUCGCAGCUACAGCGCUCAAGCGUCUCCAGACAAAAUGUCUCAACGUCCUGCACCGAACGACAGAAACUGUUAUCAGGACCAGAAAACUAGAUCUGCUGGCAGAAACGCGGAAUAAGGGCGCAGAGCAAAGGGAGGAACAUGUCUUUGGCAGAAAGAGACAUGUGAACUUCCUCGACUUGCUGAUCGAGGUAUCAUCAAAUAGUGGCGCAGGCCUCACGGAACUGGAGAUCCGAGAAGAAGUGGACACAUUCAUGUUCGAGGGGCACGACACGACGUCUUCUUGUAGCCUAUUUACGUUGUGGGCCUUGGCAAAACAUCAGGACGUGCAGGAAAGAGUUCUGCACGAGCUGAGAACGAUUUUCGACAACACUGACCGCAAAGCCAAGUACGAAGACUUGCAGGCGAUGAAGUACCUAGAGCAGGUUAUAAAAGAGUCUCUUCGGCUCUAUCCCAGCGUACCUCUUUUCGGACGGGAACUCACUGAAGAUGUACUGGUUGAUGGCUACGUUUUCCCGGCUGGUUCCAAUGUUAUUUUUAUACCACAAAUGACUCACAUGAAUCCGGAUUAUUUUCCGGACCCGGAGAAGUUCGAUCCAGAUCGGUUUCUACCGGAAAACACUGUCAACAGACACCCAUAUUGUUACAUCCCGUUCUCGGCAGGACCCAGGAAUUGCAUAGCGAAAAUGCUUGGCGUGGCGCUCAUUCUUAUUGUGGCCGGUUUGUUGGCUGUAUACUUCCAUCUGAAGGCGAAGAUUCGACCUCUGUUGAAGCUGGCCGAGAAAAUCCCUGGUCCAAAACCUCUACCUCUGAUUGGAAACGCUUUGGACUUCGGUUUGAAAAUUGAUUACUAUAGCACCGUCAUCCGUUUGAUGAGGCAGUAUGGCUCCAUCAUGAGGAUAUGGUUGGGACACGAACUCCUCAUAUUGAUAGCUGAUCCAAACCACGUGGAGAAAAUACUUGGGAGCAACAGGAUGCUCGACAAGGCCUACCCAUACAGAUACUUGCAACCUUGGAUCGGGGACGGCUUACUUACUAGCACAGGUGAAAAAUGGAGAGGACACCGUAAGAUGCUCACCCCGUCAUUCCACUUUAAGAUACUGGAGGAGUUCAUAGACGUGAUCAACAGCAACGAAAAAAUCAUGGUACAAAAAAUUAAGAAGCACGUGAACGGCCCUGAAUUCGAUAUUUGUCCUUACGUCACCCUCUGCGCCUUGGACAUCAUCUGUGAGACAGUGAUGGGAGUGCCUGUACAAGCUCAACAGGAUAGCGACUCCGAGUACGUUCAGGCUGUUCGGAAAAUGGGCGAUGUCGUCAUGCAGAGGGGAUUCAAACCGUGGUUACAGCCCGACCUCCUGUUUAAACUUUCGCCACUGGCAAAGGUGCAGGAAAAGUGCCUGGCCAUCCUACACAACGUGACAGACUCGGUAAUACAAACGAGGAAGAGACAGUUCCUGCAGAGCAGGAAAGACGGUCCGGCGAAAGAAGAAAACGCAGAUAUUGGUACAAAGCGACGCCUCGCUUUCCUGGAUUUGUUGAUAAAAGCCCAGCAAGAUGGCUUUGACAUCACGGAUGCAGAGAUCCGAGAAGAAGUCGACACCUUCAUGUUCGAGGGUCAUGACACAACGACUUCUGGGAUCUGCUUCACUCUGUUUGCCCUGGCUAAGCAUCAGGACGUACAGGCGAAGGCAGUGCAGGAAAUAAAGAGCAUUUUCGGCGAUUCUGAUCGUGAUGCUUCCUACAACGACCUGCAGGAAAUGAAGUAUCUAGAACAAGUCAUCAAGGAAGCUCUGAGACUCUACCCCACGGUUCCCAUAUUUGGGCGGAAGAUAUCAGAAAACGUCACAGUUGAUGGCUACGAGUUUCCAGCAGGAAGCAAUCUGGUUAUCAUACCAUACAUGUUACACAGACAUCCGGAUUAUUUUUUGGAUCCGGAGAAGUUCGACCCGGAUCGGUUUCUGCAGGAGAACUCUAUGGGAAGGCACCCAUACUGCUAUGUUCCAUUCGCUGCAGGGCCCAGAAAUUGCAUAGGCCAGAAGUUUGCCACCAUGGAGAUGAAGGCCGCACUCUCUGCCGUGCUUCGGCGCUACAAGCUCUCACUGGAAGACCCGAAUGAGGAGCCGCGACUCGUUGCAGAGCUGGUAUUGAAAUCUGCCGGAGGAAUCAGACUGAAGCUCUCUCAGUAGAGAACUGAUUCGGCUGUCCCUUCUUCCUAUUCAAAACUAAUUCCGUAGUACACAGUAGUUUCCUUAGGUGAAUAAGGAAUUGCCUGCUAUAUGGAACACGAAACUUUAAUCCUUUAUUCACAAAAGGCCGCCACUGGAUGCUAGUUUGAGACCGUUCAAUUCAGUUCAUAUUUUGAGAACCACCUAUGCGUUCGUAAUCCAAGCUGAAGGUUUUCACGAGAACUCUUUAAUUUAUUUUCUCCCACGCGUAAUAUAUGGCCUCCCAAUAUCAAGGAUUCUGUUUUUCAGUCGGUUAAUGAAUGUGAACCAGUUGACGGAAUGAGGAGUGGAGGGCGGAACCGAAGAACGUGGGAGAAAACCAGCCCUAACGGAACUUUGUCCACCAUCCAAUAUGAAUAUACUUGAGGUCGAACCCGGGUCUUUGCUGGAAGCCGAAGACUAAUCGCCCGAGCUCUUCCUUAUUCUUUCACUAUAGCAAUAAUACGCAGAAAUCUCAUAUUUUGUAGGCCAUCAUUGUUUAAUUCUUGUUCUUCCUUCAGAAUGAAAGAUAAAGCUCACACGUAUAUACUCGUACUUACUUUCCACAUGCCACCUUAUAUAAACAUUCGUUUCACUGUGACUGACACGUGGCAUUUCGGCACAAGAAGCGACGAGACUGAUUGAAUGUUUAAUAAAGCAGCAAGGUCUCAGUAGCCAGGCACCUAAUGCAUGAUCUUGCAGCUGCCCAACGACAUAGUGGGAUGACAUUGAAGAUAAACUGUGAUGUGUGAGGCGACUGGACUGCCGACCAAGACACGAUUCCGAACACAAGUGUUGCGAGUUGACAAGGAGAAUGCAUGUCGUCAAUCGAAGAUACCGGACGAUUUGAGGGAGACUCAAAUAUUCUUCCUGCAUAUACUAUAGUUUCGUGCAAUACAAGCGAUCGAAUAUCCCACCUUAGUCUCUGCAUAAAGUAGGCUUGGUAAGAGCCGCUGUUGCCGUUUUGCCGGAUCGUUACUCCGUCAGAAAAGGAACCUGUGAAUCCCUUGAACAUUUAAUUAUGUACAGUCUAGUGUACUCUGUUGCACGUUAAGUUCUAAGGGCCUGAAAUGAGUUCAGUGGCUCAGAACUGAAUCCAAAUGCGGGAUUUUGUAAUCAUUCAUGAAGUUUUAGAUCCCAUAGCAACAGGGAAUUGCAUGUGAACGUUAAAUCCACGGAAGGUGGCCUAUAAUCGAGUGUUAUUUGAUAUUCAACAUAUGCAUCUGCUGUUCAUUACAACGGCACAAUAUAAUGCUGAGGUUUUGGAGUUAGGAAUGUGAAACACGAAAAAUACUUUUAAAUAUAUAUUUAAUUUUUAACAUGACAUCAUGCAACAUUUAUAUACAGCUGUAUAACUGAAACAAAACGUUUAAGAAAAUAAAUAGUUUGCCAUGCUACAAUUAAA